AUGACGUCUGAGAAGAAACCCCCCACUUUUGCCUUCUCUGAUGAAAGGGAGGGGGCCAGAGGAGGUAGCAAGACGGCGGUAACCAGAUUUACAAAGGUUACCCCUUCAGAAUUACAGUCACCAUCGGCCCCUCGCCAAAAGCGGGUCCAAUUUCCUGAGGACGAUGCUCAGUUAGCUACCAUCCUUCCUACUGCUGGCGGUGAACCUUGGUGUGUCGAUCCCGAGACCCCAAACCACGUCAUCGUGGACUCCUACGCAGAGUCCUGCCUUCGGCUAAAUUGUCGUCCCCUUUCCUGCAUCAUCGAACAGCUCACGAAAGUAGCUUCUCCCCUUGCCAAGACCAAAAUUCCUGCCAUCAUUCUCAAGGGCACUCAACUCACUAAGAAGGAUUUGGAAGCACUGGAAUGUGUUUUCAAGUACUGCCAGAUGUACCAUUUGAGUUUUGAGAACACUGGCCUCAAAAACGAGGAGGUGCUUCUCUUUACCAAAGCACCUGUGCACUAG